GCUAAGGGCUAUUGCUUCUGCAGUCUGCUGCAGGCCUGCAACGGACUCCGCGGGUGACGGUUGAAACCUGGCUGCCUACUGCAUACUUCUUCUGAGUCUGACGGGCCUCCUCCCUUCUUUUGUUCCUGCUCAGCCCUCCACUGUCAUAUCUAACCCGUCCUGGCCCCGACACUCUGGUCCUGACCAGAUCGGUCGCUCGUUACCCAUUUACCUCCCCAUUUACUGUCCCCAUACUAUGCUCCUGUGAACGGGAUCCCUCUCAACUGUGACAUCCCCACGAUGUUCCUUCGCAGCCUUGGCGUUGCAGGCGUGUGGAUAGCCAGCGGUGCUGCUCUCCCCGUCCACGAUCUCGGCGACGCUGCCAGGGCGCUGGCCACCACCAGACUCACCACCGCUGACUCCGUUCCCGGCGUCACCGGCCAUGAGGUCCAUCUUCCCGUUCCGGGGUUAACCUACCCUCACGACAAGGACCCGUCCAAGGCUUACCUGGCGAUGAACGUGCGGACCGAAGACAACGCGCUGCUCGUCAACAACGUCAGCAUCUUCCCGGCCACCUUCCCGAUGAACCUGCCGGCGACCCGAUACCGAGACUGGCGCGGACUGGAGUCCGAGACGGUGACGCUGCAGUACGCCGUGGGCAUCAAGUAUCUCCCGCCGCAUCUCGAUGGCAUGGCGGCGGCGGAGGAGGAGGAAGAGGAGGAGGAGGAGGUCUACCAGGUGGAGCUCAAACUGUUCGACCUGUCCGGACACCCGGCCACAACCGACCUCGUCGUCGUGCGACUGGGCCGCGCGGACGAAGGGAUGCUGGUCCUCUCGCAGAUCCUCGUCGAGCCGCUGCCCCGAUACCGCGACCCGCACGGCGACGGCAACUGCCGGUGGCACGUCAAAUACUGGCGCAUGAUCGGGAACAAAUACCGGGCGUGGCGGCUGAGGAAGGGACAUGGACAGGCCCGGGGGGCUGCGUUGCAUCAGAACAGCAUCCUCCUCCCUGGAGGGUGUGCUAAAGCGGCUGCAUCCAUCCCCAUCCCCAUCCCCAUCCCCGCCCCUGCAGGGUCCAGCCGACCCGUCCGGCCCUCGGAAGCGGACGAGCAGCUCUCCCGCGCCCCCGUCUCGCCCUUUCAGGUGUUCGGGACGGAGAAGUCAUCGUCGUGGUCGCGUCCGGCCCUGUUCCGGGCGCAGUACCACCGACCGGACGUCUGGCGGCUGGUGGUGCCAGCCAUCGUGCCGGCGCUGCUGGGAGCGACGGCGGGGCUGGUGGUGUGCACGAUGGGGGUUCUGGUGUGGCAGAUGAUGAGCUGUGUGUGUGGGCGGAUGGUGGGGACGGGGACGCAGAGUCGACAGGGGCGAUGCGGACGAAACCCUGCGUGGAGUCGGAGGGGAGAAGAGUGCGUGGCGGUGGUGGUGGAGUCGGAGGAGGAGGAGGAGGAGGAGGAUCGGGAGAAGGAUCGGCUGAGCCUCGUCUGA